AUGCAAGCAGCGUGCAACAGCAUGGCCCUCGAUAGACUCGGGGAAGCCCUGCGCGGCAUCCCUCCCUUGCAAAGCUCCCUGUUGCUCUUCCUCUGCCUGCUCGCUGCCAUCCACCUGGGCAAGGUCCUCCUGCAGCAGCGCCGGCGGCAGGGCCAGCGCCGGGCGCCGCCGGGCCCUUUCCCCUGGCCCUUGAUCGGCAACGCGGCGCAGCUGGGCAGCGCCCCACACCUUUCCUUCGCCCGCCUGGCCAGCACCUACGGCGCCGUCUUCCAAUUGCGCCUAGGGCGCUGGCCCGUGGUGGUGCUGAACGGGGAGCGGGCCAUUCGCCAGGCCCUCGUCCGCCAGGGGGCUGCCUUCGCCGGCCGCCCGCCGUUCCCCUCCUUCCGGCUGGUGUCAGGCGGGCUCAGCCUGGCCUUCGGCGGCUACUCGGAGCUGUGGAAGCUGCACCGCCGGGCGGCGCAUGCCACGGUGCGCGCUUUCUCCACCGGCAGCCCCGCUACCCGCCGCCUGCUGGAGCGGCACCUGGUGGGCGAGGCGCGGGCGCUGGUGGCGCUGCUGGUGAGCGGCAGCGCCGGCGGCGCCUUCCUCGACCCCUCGCGGGUUCUGGUAGUGGCCGUGGCCAACGUAAUGAGCGCCUUGUGCUUCGGCCGACGCUACAGCCACGGCGACGGCGAGUUCCUGCGCCUCGUGGGGCGCAACGAGCAGUUCGGGCGGGCGGUGGGCGCCGGCAGCUUGGUGGACGCGCUGCCCUGGCUCCAGCGCUUCCCCAGUCCCGUGCGUGCCGCUUACCGCGCCUUCCGUGACCUCAACCGCGACUUCUACGGCUUCGUCCGCGGCAAGUUCUUGCAGCAUCAGCGCAGCCUGCGCCCGGGGGCCGCUCCUCGCGACAUGAUGGACGCCUUUAUCCGCCUACAGCGGGAGCAGCCGCGGCUGCAGCUCGAGCACGUGCCCGCCACCGUCACCGACAUCUUCGGCGCCAGCCAAGACACCCUCUCCACUGCCCUGCAGUGGCUCCUCAUCUUCCUCAUCAGGUAUCCAAAUGUGCAGGCUAAAAUGCAAGAAGAAGUGGAUAGGAUUGUUGGAAGAGACCGUCUGCCAUGUGCUGAAGAUCAGCCUCACUUGCCCUACAUCAUGGCUUUCUUGUACGAAUCCAUGCGUUUCAGCAGCUUUGUGCCUGUUACUAUCCCACAUGCCACCACAACCAACACCUUCAUAAUGGGCUACCUCAUUCCCAAGGACACAGUGAUUUUUGUUAAUCAGUGGUCAGUGAACCAUGAUCCAGCAAAAUGGUCCAACCCAGAGGAUUUUGAUCCAACAAGAUUCCUGGAUGAGAAUGGAUUAAUCAAUAAAGAUCUUACUAGUAGUGUGAUGAUUUUCUCAUUGGGAAAACGUCGGUGUAUUGGAGAGGAGUUAUCCAAGUUGCAACUCUUUCUCUUUACCUCCAUACUGGUUCAUCAGUGCAAUUUUACUGCUAAUCCAAAUGAGGACCCUAAAAUGGACUUUACUUAUGGGUUGACCAUUAAACCUAAGCCAUUUACCUUGAAUGUUACACUUAGAGAUUCUAUGGAUUUGCUCGAUCAGGCUGUUCAAGGACUGCAAGCAGAGAAGGCAGCCAGUGAAAAUCAGCUGUCAGCAAAUGCCUAA